CUUCUUCUUCUCCCUCCGGUGACAGCACUAAACCCCAGGCGGUGACGUUCCAUCAGCGACUCGCUUUUGAUUUUCCAUGGAUUCUCAGUUGCUUUCUUCCAGAGAUACCAAGAUAAGGCACAGAUGCGUUGCUUGCUACAAGAUGUUCAAUAGACGCGAACAUCUCGUCGAGCACAUGAAGGUUUCGCACCAUUCAGUUCAUCAGCCUCGGUGUGGGCUUUGCCUGAAGCACUGUAAAUCCUUCGAGUCUCUUCGGGAACACCUUAACGUUCCAGACCAUCUUUGCAAAGGAAACUGCCAAACCAUUUUCUCUGAGCGAGGCUGUAGUCUUUGCCUUCAAGUCUUUGAGGAGGCCACUGCUCUUGCAGAGCAUAAAAACAAGUGUCACCUCUCUCCACCUCCUCCUCUUACAACAUCUACCCUACGGAAUCAGGUUAAUCCUUCUAGGUCACAUGUUGGUUCACGGUUCAAGGCAGUCGCAGUUGACUGUGAAAUGGUAGGUGGUGGUGCUGACGGGUCUCUUGAUCAGUGUGCAUCGGUUUGCCUGGUUGACGAAGACGAGAAUGUGAUCUUAUUCACUCACGUCCAACCACCACACCCUGUCACCGAUUACAGGCAUGAAGUAACUGGAUUGACCGAGGUAGAUUUGAAGGACGGUAUGACACUUCAGGAUGUACGAGAAAAAGUUUUAGCCAUCUUGUGCGGUGGACAUAAUGAUGGGGCUGGGAGGCUUCUUCUUGUUGGUCAUGACCUUAAGCAUGAUAUGAAUUGCUUGACUCUCCAAUACCCUAGCCAUUUGUUGAGAGACACAGCAAAAUACGUGCCAUUGAUGAAGACAAAUCUUGUAAGCCAAUCGCUCAGGUACCUCACAAAGUCAUAUCUCGGAUACAAGAUCCAAUGCGGGAAGCACGAGCCUUAUGAGGACUGUGUAUCUGCGAUGAGACUGUACAAGAGAAUGCGGGAUCAAGAGCAUGGGUUAAGUGGAAAGGCAGAAGGGAAUGGUCUGAACUCGUGGAAACAGAGCGAUCUAGAGAAGAUGAAGCCGGAAGAGUUGUACAAAAACUCCACGUCAGAGUACCGCUGCUGGUGCCUUGACAGACUCAGCCAUUCAUGAAAUACAAAAUCCUACUUUUGUCUAAAAAGAAACUCCUCCUCCCUUAAGUCUCUUUUUGUUUGAUGGGAGGAUGAAGAUGAUUUGUUGCUAAAGCUUCCCGGUUUGUUUCUGGAUAAUAACAUACAUAUGAUUAGGCUU